AUGUCACCACCAGAUACCAUGAAGGCCAUCAUUUGCGAGGCACCUGGAUCCCCUUCAAACCUCGUCCAGCACCAGGUCAGAGUUCCUUCACCUGCUAUUGGCCAAGCGCUCAUAAAGAUUUUGGGGUUCGAAAUGCUGUCUCGCCUAGGUCAAGGACAUAUGGCCCUGCCCCAGAUUCUAGGAAUAGAGUGUUAUGGUAUGAUUUCGGGCUAUAACGAAGCUGAGACCGCUCAGCGACUUCCCAUAGGAUCGCGCGUCUUUACAUGUAUGGGUGGCUUGGGCCGAGAAAUCCCCGGCUCCUAUGCGGAAUACACUUGUGCCUCCAUCGAAAACUUGCGAGAGGUACCAACCACAAGCCUUACGGUUGCUCAGUUAUCAGCCCUCCCAGAAAUGCUGCAGGCAACUUGGGGAGCCCUCACAGCUGGUCUAGAUGUCCAACCUGGUGACAGAAUUUUGAUCCGGGGCGGUACGAGCUCCAUAGGUCUUUGUGCAAUACAACUGGCUCGGAAGCUUGGGGCCUCGUACGUUGCUGCAACUACACGCAACGCCGGUCGCAAAGAAUUACUCUCGGAGGUCGGAGCAGACAAGGUUAUCAUCGAUGGUGGAAAGAUUUCCCAACCGCUUCAGCAUGAUGAGAAGUUUGAUAGGGUUAUGGAGCUGGUUGGAACUCCGACUAUAAAUGACAGUAUUCUGUGUGCCAGAGACAAAGGUACAGUUUGCGUCGUUGGCAACCAAAGUGGUGGUUCAUGGAUGCUCGAGAACUUUUCUCCAUUCUUCAUUGGGCUACCAAAUCGCGUGCGCCUUUGUGCGUAUGGAGGAGGUCCUCAAGACCUCCAUCAAGUACCCUUUGAGGAGCUAAUCGGGGAUGUCGAGCAAGGGAAGCUUCGACUUAAUGUAAAGGCUUUCAGGCUGGAUGAAAUUCAGGAGGCUCAUGGGAUUAUGGAAGCAGGUGGAGGUGGCAGCAAGAUGGUGGUCGUCUUGUGA